CUCUUUUCUUCAGCAACACCAUACCAACAGCACUGUGUGGCAAAAAGGAGAGUCUCCUAAACAUGUGCUGCAAGAGCAUCUUCUUUCUGCCUCCGGAGUCGGAUGUGCCAGAGACAGGAGUGCUCUACGCCAAGACUAUGAAAGCCAUGGACACCAUGCUGGAGGGCUUCGUACGCAACUGUGCCAACACCAGUGUCAGCAUAGAGUUGGAGAAUAUGUUGAAGGUGAUGCUGGACUUUGCUGUCUCCAAAGACUCAGCUGUGCGUGAGAGCGCUGUGAGGAGGAUUGAGAGGCUGGGUGAUUUCAUCAUCAGUUAUUUUGUGAGCGAGAUCACAGAUGACUAUGAAAACUAUAGCGAUGAUGAGCCCACAGAGCUCUACAUCCCCAUCCUGGGACAGCUGCUGGGCAUCCUCUUCAUUUUCACCAGUGACAAAGAUUCCAUCAGAUUCACAGCUUUAGAAACUCUUUCUCACAUAUACAAAAUCAUCAGAAAAGGAAGAGAAUGCAUAUUGAGAGAGGACAUGCUAUAUUAUGCAGUGAGACACAAGAAAUUGGAGUAUGCAAAACUUCCAUUUUCUACAACAUCAACUCCGUGUGAAAUUGCCAAGGUAAUGAGCUCUGGCCUUGCUGGGGAUCUUGUCCGCAGCAUCAGCAGGCAUCUCGUGUGAGCAAAGGGGUCCAGAACCGGUGGGGCUGGCACGGCCUCACUCGCCCUGCUGAGAGGGUUCCUCUUGUCCCCAGGCUGGGGCUAUGCGAAGGCUGCUCCCCUGUGUCCCGGCAGCAGCUCCACCCUCCUGGCCACCAGCAAGCCCUGGUUACCUGCAGGGCCAGCACUCUGGCCCCAUAUGCCCCAUCCUCACCCCUUCCCCCGAGGGCCCUCUCUCCAGAGCUGCCCUUGCUGCUCAGCUAAGCAGCACCCUUGGGACACUCAGUGAGGCAUGUCUUCGCUCCUCCUUCUUCCCACAGGGGUUUGGAGGACAUCUCUUCCCUGAUGAGAGGCUGGACAUCAUCCUCACAGCCCUUGAAGCUUUACAAGACUCCAGCAUCCAUGACAAGCAGGGGGCCUGCAGCGUGCUGGACGCAGCCUUGGAGGACCCUUUCUACUGGCUGAA